AUGGCUCCGGUUAAAAUCAGCUACGUCGUGUCCUUCUCCUCGCAGGACCCCAAGUACCCGGUGGAGAACCUGCUGCGUGAGGACGGCCUCCGUCCCUGGCUCGGCUGCCCCCAGGACCGCAGCAGGCAGCUGCGAGGGGAGCUGCAGCGGGAGGGAGCCAGUCCCAUCGGCUACAUGGACGUUGGCAACUGUGGCUGCGCCUUCCUCCAGAUCGAGGUGGGACGUUCCUCGUGGCCGCUUGACCGGCCCUACCUCACCCUGGUGCCCAGCGUCGCGCUGAUGACGCCGGCAGACUCCAAGCUGGAUCGGAACCGCUGCGGGGUCCGGAUGUUUAAGGAAGCAGAUUUCCUGGCGCUGGCGGUGGGGCAGAAGUGGGACCGCCUGCGGCUCACCUGCAGCCAGCCCUUCAGCAAGCACAGCCAGUUCGGGCUGUCCUUCAUCCGCGUGCGCACGCCGCUGGACCCCGAGGACCCCCAGCCGCCCCUGCCCUCGCAGCGAGGCCUGGUAGGUGCCUCCCGCGAGGCUGCCGAGCCCACGGACGUCCCCUGGCGCUCCAGCCCUGCCUUUUGCCGGACUUUCUUUCCAGAACCGCGCUCGAGCUCCAGGGAGGAGGAGCAGCUGAAGAGCCGCCUGCAGCAGCUGGAGCCGGGUGCCUGGAGCCCAACCCGCCUCAGCCGCCCAGCCCAGAUGGUUCUGUUGGCGGCGCGGAGCCGGGCACUGAGGCCCAGAGCCGGCACAGGUGACCUGGAGCUGCCGGCUGAGGACCCGGGAGGCCCUGCAGUGCCAGGGUCCGUGCAGGAUGUCCCCGUGAGAACCCGCAGGCCACCGGACGGCGGGCAGAGAGCUCCCAGCUCCGCGGGCAGGUCUCUGCCGGCCGCCUCACGGCCGUCCAGGUCGGGAGGAAGAGCCAGAGCCCGCAGCCACCGAGAGGGAUGGGCCCGGAGGGGUGACGGCGGAGGGGACAGUGGUCACGGGGAGAUGGGCGUCUGCCCCAUCUGCUCAGGUCGCUUCAGCCUCGAUCUCCUCCCCGUGCACGCCUCCAGCUGCGGGGAGGAAGACCCCGAUGCAGCCUGGCCUUCCUCCCCGCUGGCGCGGGACGCCUGGGUGUCCUGCCCCAUCUGUGAGCUGCCCUUCGGCGCGGCGGAGGGGGGGCGGCACGCCAGCACCUGUGGGGAGCGGGCAGGGACGCCGGGCGCGCCGGGCACCCCGGCCCCCCGCGUCGGGUAG